ACUGGAGACAUUCGGUGCCGACGGAGGCAGAAGCGCUUCGUGGCGCGGCCGCGGCGCCGGAAAGAGUGGGACGAUGCGACGCGGACAUGUGCGUCGUGUGAAGGGUUAAACGGGAGGAGGCGCGGCGGAGCGCGGCGGAGCGGAGGUCCGCUCGUCCGGGGUGGAGUGAAGUCCAGGCGAGCGCGACGACAAAUUAGCUCGCGUGGAGACAAGAACAACACAAAUACCUUAGAUAAGUUAAAGAUAAAAAAAAAGCGUGUGUGUGAGAGAGAGAGAGUGUGUGUGUGUGCGCGCGCGUGCGUAAAAGCGCCUGCGCCGCGGAGGAUGGGUGAUGUGAGCGAAGAGGCGCUGCUGGACUACUUCUCGUGCGCCGGAGGAGACGCGGGCAGAGUCCGCAACGCAGACAUGCUGAGGACGUUCAAGCCUUUCAUUGGCCACGGCGAUUCGCAGCUGCGUGCGAAAUACAGAGAGGAAUUCAAGCUCAUCAUCGACCGGAUCGCUGUGGUGAAGUCAGAGAAUGGUGAGAAGUAUCUCGUCCUGAAGAAGAAAUACAGGCAGCUGCUGCACGAGCGCGACCCCGGACGACGCGCCGCGGACGGACAGAAACACUUGAACCCGGCCGGAACGACGGCCACUGUCCAGUGGGACGCUCCGAACGCCGCCGCGACUCCUCCUCCUCCUCCUCCUCCUCCUCGUCCUCGGGAUGAGCUCAUGUCGUGCGUGGAGCCCGAGAGCGCCGCCGAGUCCGAGUCGGAGCAGGACGAGGAGGGUACGGGCAGCAUGGGCUCCGCCGCCGUCGCCCUGGAUCCCAUAGAAAAGGAGUGGAUCUACUCCGCCGCUGGCGCUCGCGUCCCUGACCUGUCUCAGCUGCUCCGACAGGACCCCUCGCUGGCAAACAAGAAGGACUUCACCUCAUUUACGGCUCUGCACUGGGCCGCCAAGCAUGGCAACGGGGACAUGGCCACUCUGGUGGUGAACGCUGGCGCUGACGUCAACACCAAAUCGCACGGGGGAUACACACCUUUGCACAUUGCAGCGUUACAUGGCCACCGGCAUAUUCUCGACCUGCUCAUAGAGACGUAUGGCGCUAAAGAAGACUUGAGGGAUUACAGCGGCCAUCUUGCUGGCCAUUAUCUGAACAUCAGAGAACCGGAGGGUGCGGAGGAAGACUGCGAGCUGCAGCUCCAAGUCACUCAGGCCAGGGAGCGGAACAGGAACAGGAAGCUGGGGUCGCUGUUCCACUCCAAGAAGAAGUGGGGCUCGGCGGAGGAGCUGGCUCCGAUAGAGGAGGAGAGGACGGCGUCACACCAGCUCGCCCCGCCGCCGUUCAGGCCCCGGAAAUUCUCCCGCUGAGGACGAUUUCGGACUCCGAGAACCCCCCCCCCCCCCCCAGAUGCAGAUACCAUGGAAGUAUUAAUACUGUGUGUGUAUGUUAUGUACACACACACACACACACACACACUUGCUGAUGCACCUAAAAGCUCAUCUAAUGUCUGAGCAGAGAAGCUUUAAGUUUGAAUGUGAAGCGCUGCUGCAGCUGCUGUUUCGUCUAAAAGUGUGUUCAGUUAGAAACGGAAGAAUUUCACGAAGCCUUUAAACUCGACUUAAUGUCCAGGGAUUCUUUAAACUCGCCCCUGUUUGUGUCGAAGUCGUGUGAAGACGUCGACUGGACUGCAAGUAGGUGUCCAGGUCGUUUACGGAUUCACGUUUAUACUAAGGAUAAGGCGGGUGUUAAUAAAAAGAUAAGAUUAGAUUAUUACUUUAUUCGUCCCACAACGGCGGGAAAUUCCGGGAAAAUAUUCUAUAUUUUUGAUUUUCCUCUGGAGAUACUCAGAAAAGACACAAGAUGUUUUUGUCCAUCUUGAACAACUAUAAAGUCACAACUUUAUAUUUUGAUUUUUUUUUUAGAACCGUUUAUUUGCUGGGGCCUUUUUUUUGCCAAAGGUUUGAUGCUGUUGUGAAUAUGAGACCAACUGAAAAAAACUAAAAACCACCUACAGUUCCCAUCUUCAUCAUAAUGAAUCUGAUAUCUAAUGAACGUCUCCCAGACUCACUCGUGUGUUUUUAAAUGUUUUUCAAAAGACGACCAGGAAGAUUUAUAAUAAGCUUUUUAUUUCCUAUAAAUAAUUAUUGUCACCAGACUUAAUCUGUGUAGCAUCAUACUGGUGGUUCUGAAUGUUGUGGCCUGUUAAAAAUCAUGUGAACUUUACAUAAUUCUAUGACCGUUUUCCAAAACAUGCCACUAGUGUUUAAGAUUGUUUUCCUGGUUUAUUUUUUAAAUCUAUCUGCAGAGACACACAUGGUCCAGAAUCGCCUUGGUGAAAAUGUUAAAUUCUGUAUUUCAUAAAUUAUUUGGGAAAAUCAAUUUUUUUACUGUCAUUCAUGGGAACGCAGUAAUAAGUUGGGACUGUGUUGAAAAAGUCUCCCAUGGUGAUGCAUUCAAGGUCUAUCAGGGAACAGAUAUCCAAGCAGACAAUUUGAUUUUACUGAUAUUAUAAUUAUGAUUAUUAUUAUUCACUUUUCCAUAAAGGCACCAAGCCAUAAAACCAACUUGUAACUGAAUCAAACAGAUUAAAUCGAAUCCAACAGAACAAUUAAUGAAUAAAUUAAUGUGAAAUAUAUGUCUUGUGUUACAUGUUAAUUUUCAUACUAAACCUGGAAGACUUUUGGAAGAUAUUUGGAAAAUCGGUCUUACAAACUUCAGUUAAACUUUUUUUUUCUGCUUGUGAUUUGCAGCCAAUGUUCGUAAAACAUUCAAAACAUUCAUUUUCAUAUCUGAGCCAGUGAGACAUUCGAGAAUAAACAGGAGGGAGGAAAAAGAUCAAGCUGCAUGUUAUCAGCACUAUUGCAAACAUCACCACAAGGCCGAGUCAUAUGAUGUUUUAUGAUAAUCUUUAAAUAUUUUCUCAACCCUGACUCAGAUUCUUUGUCAUAUUGAGUAACUUUUGAUGUUUUCCGAUCAGAUAAUCUGGCCUCUUUGUGUCCAUGUUACUGGAUUACGGUUUGAUUUAUCGUGUCUGCUCCUCCCGCGUGCUUUUGUAUCGUUGCGACGGAUAGAUGAUAACUAUCGUCUUUUCUAAUCCGAAGAAGAAUCCGCCUCGGUUCCAUUAUUUUGCACAAUAUUUAUAUUAAUGAGGGAUAUUUUGGCAUUAAAACUGUAUUUUAUAUCAAA